CCAGGCUUCCGUGACGUCACAUUCUUUCAAAAACAAAGAGUUGCUGGCUCAGCCUCCACAAGUUUAUUAAAAAUUCGACUGCAUCAGAAAACAGAAGCAAUAUCCUGAUAGAUAAGAAUGGAUGCAAAUAGUGAACUCAGUGUCACAUAUUUCCGGAGUUUGGUGGAAGCAGAGACUCAAGUCCUGAAAGGCUUCAGCAAUGAAUGGAAUGCUCUUGUCAAAUCAACCUCUGAAAUCCCAGAAGACAUUUUGGGGGAUAUAAUGGUUGCAAUAGGGCAAGCCGAACUCUUGAUGAAAGAGAGAUUUUCACAAUUCUCUGGUUUAAUUGAUGAUUGUGAGUUCAAUCGAGGAGAAAAAACAAUCACAUGCCAAGAUCUGCAAGGAUUUUGGGAUAUUGUUGAUUUCCAGAUUCAAGAUAUAGUGCAAAAGUUCAGUAAGCUGUCUGAACUAAAGAGCAAUAACUGGAAGAAACCAGAGAUUCAGCCACAAGCCAAAAUACUGAAGAAAAAAAUCUGUGGCACCAAGCCUGUUGCAACAAAAGCAGCACUGAAGCCAAAGCCUGGAGGGGGCAUUAGAGCACACAUUUUGGCAGCUCGACAAAAAAUGCUAGCUGAGAGAAAAGAAAGCAAAGCAGUGGAGGUAAAUGGGAAACCAGUUCAUCCUGAGGUCAGAUGUGUAGUCACUGAAGCUGAAUCUACCAAGGAAAAUAACAAUGUUUGUCAGCAGACUGCAAGAAAUAAGAAAAGCAAAACUCCAAUGAAAAUGAUCAUGCAAAAGGAUGAUGGGGACAAAGAAAAUGCCUCAACUACUAGUCCUGAGAAAACUGUCUUUGAUGCUGGGUUCUUUCGAGUGGAGACACCCAUCAAGAAGGCCUCUCUAACUACACCACCUUUUGAUGAAAGAACUGUUACACCAGGGAAAGCAGAGCAGAAAUUGCUGUCGUCUGCUGUUCUGCGAGAACGUAUUGCCAACUCGCCCAAGGUUCAUAAAGACUACUCUCCUUGCAUGCGAAUCACAAGAUCGAUGAAGACAAAAGGUGUAGAGCCACUAAAUUUGAAUCUCCACUUAUAAUUCUUUUGAAUGGGAGGUAAAGCUAGGGAAUGUAGGUUAAUUUUUUAGUAGACAGAUAUAGUACUGUAAUUUUAAGCUUGAGAUCCCAUUGCAAAUUUGCUGUUACAUAUCUGAGGUCAUACAUAUCAAAGGUCAUAGACAUGGUAAUACAUUAUUUUUUUAUUAAGUGUAUUUUAUACAGCAAAAAAAAUCAUAUUUUUAUUUAUUAAUCACUUUUGGUCCUUAGAAUUUCUUUCACGGUUUUAAAUAUAUAUAUAAUGCAUAUAAUCUAUUGCAUACAACUAAUAUGAGUACAAGUGUCCUCAGUUUCAUUUGAUAUAAAAUGUAUGAUAUUUUGAAUAAAUGAACUUGGUUUGGAAAGUAUUUUGGAGGAGCUACAUAUUGGUGUAGAAUUCUUUUAUUUGUCCAUGCACUGUAAUGUUAUGUGUUCAUUAAAUUGUAUUGCUGCUUAGUAAUAUCUUUAAAAUAUAGUCAGAUAAUAGUUCAUCGGAAUCUCCUAUAUAUUCAGUCUGUCACUUGUAUUUCUAUAAGCCUAUAUUUUAUAGGCAUUAAAUGGUAUAUGUCAUUUAAAGUGUAAUAUCAUAGAUGGUAAAUAUUUCUUUUGGCCAUCUUGCAAAAUAUUUUGUCCAUUUGAAUAUUGGUACAAACACAACAAAUAUUUCUUCAUCUUUUUUAGUUGGCAUGUAGAGCUUAGUGCAGAAUGAUGUGUAGUAUUGAGUGAUCUACCUCUCUUAUUUUGAAAAUUUGUUUUACUUGCAAUAUAACAUCUGUUCAUAUGUACAGUA